AUGGACGACCAGGCCAGACGUAUGGCCAUGGCUGCAACUGUAGUUCCACGAGGAGAUGUGGGUGUGGAUGUAUGUGGUGGGUGUGGAGGAGAUCUUGAGGAUGAUAAGGGAGAGGGAUUCUUGUACCGUACCGCCCGGGGGGCAAACGCUGCAGCAGCCCCUACCUAUAGCAGAGCUAUGUGGGUGCCAUACGAGGCCCGUGGCGAGCAGUGCGAAGCAGUACAGAGGAGAGCUGGGGGAGCAUUGAGGAGCACGCCGACGCAGACUGGACUGACUGGAUUGAUAGGAGUAUCUCGGCGUAUCCGGGUAGGCUGUAACCCCGAGAUCGACGGGAAUUCGUUGCGUUCAGCCGGCUCUUGCUUGCUGCUGGAGCAGGACCCUGGGCUCUCUCCCACGUCCACACAGUGCACACCCAGCCAGGAUCGCGAGGACCGCGUGGUGAUUGGCCGCUGGGUCGAUCUGGGAGUGUCGCAAGGGAAAGCAUCGAGUGCGCAAGCGGCCCAUGGUUCAUGGAGCAUGAGAGGCCAGGACUGUCGAGCCCAUCGCCCAUCGUUCCAUCGAGGCCGUCGAGGGAAAGCCGUCGACCCGUGA